AUGGGUCUUCUAGAUUGGCGUCUGGUUCUUCUAAAACCAACUGAUAUAGAUGCUUUCAAGAAAUCUUACUUCACCGAACAAAGAGUUGGGAAAGGCUAUGAUUCUCAAAUUGAUAUUCCAAGUGCAACAGUUGCUUCACCUGGCUCUCUAUCCCAAGCUCGAAACCCCAGGAUAGGAAAUGCUGAAAGACUCAAAGCUCUACAAGAGCUACUUCCCCAAUCUGCAGAGGGUGGUCGAGUAUCUGCAUUAGAUGAUUUGAUCGACCAUAUCAAGUACUUGCAGCUACAAAUAAAGAAUCUCAGUGAAAGAAGAUUGGUAGGUGAAUCACCAACAAAGCCCAUCAUUUUUCGCGAGGGAUAUGGCCACUACUUUUGCCAUCAAGAGGAGUCGUCGAAUGAGCCUUUGGAGGAGAUAAUCACGGCGAAAUGGUUGGAGCAAGACCCUUCAGCUGUGAGCAAGCUGCUGGAGAUGAAAGGUCUUCUUCUUCUUCUCAUGCCCAUCGAUUGAGCUUAAGGAACACUAACUAGUCUGACCUGUGCUGUGUUGUGGUGCUCUUUUUGCUUGGUUCUCAAUUGGCUUAAUUACUAUUAAUACUUAUGUAAUGAAACUAAAUGUACUUUUAGAUAUACACACUUACAGAUUCUAUGGUACAAACAAGGCUAUGAAGAAUGGCAACACAACACCUACAUCGCAUGAUUUGGUAAAGUAUAGUUUUGUAUAUUUGAACGCUA